CGUGAAACGCUCAAGUACACGUAUAAAUAUGUUUCUUAUAAUUUGUGAUCAUUGAUGUGUGUAGCAUUAAUUAUUCUACGGCUUGAUAUAACAUAUUAGUUUAAAUACCAGUUUUGUGAAAAGAUAUGGAUAAUAAAAAAGCAUUUGUAUAUAUGCAAUAAGAAAUAUACAUAUAACCUUAAUAUCAUUAGUACCGAUUGAUUAAAAUAUUUUCAUCAAUUUUUAACAUGUAUAUCAGGGUACAAAAGUCUUUGCCAAAAUUUUCUAUAAGUGUUUUAAAGACGAUUAUAAGAAAAUGUACAAGUACGACACAAAAUAAAACAGAAAAUGUAAUUUAUCCUCCUAUUUUGGAUCUCUCUUAUAGAGCUAGAAUUAGAAGAAAAGGUCAAGAGUGGCAUGAUAAAAUUAAAAAACUAGAAACUGUGGAAGAAAAGAUAUAUGGAAUUAAUAUGCCACAUUAUUAUGGUUGGAAAUCGUUACACUUAAAAGAAGGAAAUGUUCCAUAUAAUUCAUUACAACAUGCUCAAUAUAUUACACGUACUCAUCUUAUGAAUGAUCAUAAAUUACCUGACUUUUAUGAUUCAGUAAUUACAACUGAACAAUUAGAUACUCUUGUACAAACUCUCAAAUAUCAUAUAAAAAAUAUUGUUAUGUUUGAAUAUAAUCAUAGAUUAACACAGCAGGAAAUAAAAGAAGAAAUAAAAGAAGAGAAAGAAAAGUUAAUACAGAAUAGUAUUACAAAUGCACUUGUUUUUCAAAUUAAUCGAAUACUAUUGGCUGCAUUGUCUCCAAACACACCACAUUUGUUAGAAGCUGAAAUAGACUUUGAACCAAGAGUAGAAGCAUUUUGGUUUGUGGGUGGCAUAGAACGUUCACCUAGAAGUGUAAAAGCAAGGGAGAAGUCAGUAUAUUUUAAACAUCGUGCAAAUGAUCCAGUUAAUGUGCCUGUCCAAUAUCUUGGUUCUCCAAUUCUACAACUAAGACAUCAAUUUCCUUUAAGAGAAAUUCUUUCUACAGAACAGUCUAUUAAUCCAGAAUUAAGUAUUCCUACAUUUAAACUUGAUCCUAGAGUACUUGGUUAUCAAUUUACACAUAGGCAUGCAACUUAUAUACCUGCUGAAUUUGGUUUAUUAUCCUAUCAUAAUUUAAAUGAUAUAUUUAAUAAUGCAGUAGGUAUGAGUGAAGAAACAAUUACUGUGCAGGCUAUAUUUGCAUCCUAUGCUUGGUUGUUAUCACAGGCUUCUUAUCAAGGCUUUUCUACAGUUAAUGAUAUAACAUAUCCAUUAGUAUCGCAAACAAUUUUAACAAAUGGUCGGUUAUGGUCGUUUUGUGUUUAUCAAUUAAACACUACAUUAACACAUACAGAAUAUGCGGAAGAAAAUCCUAAACGUAAUGUAUGUUGGAUAACAGAAUCAUUACCAUUAUUUGAUAAAAUAGAAAAUGGACAAGUUCAUGGGUUUAAUGAAGAUGUUCUAAAAAAGUUGAUCACAUUUUAUAUCAAUAUACCUGCAGAAAGAAGUAAUGAAAAUAUGAAACCAUAUUUAGGUGAAUCUGUGAAACAUAUUGCCGAUAUUACUAACCCAUACCGUAGAGUAUGGUUAGAAUCAAGGUUUAAACAUCUUAUGUCUAAUAGACCACGACAUUAUAAACAACCUGAAAUAUACCAUUGGCAGAAAAUUUAUCUAAUUGAUAACAACACUCGAUUUCUGGACAAAAAACGCGAUCCUUGGCAAUUUGGUUACUCCGCGUAUAAACGAAAAUUAAAUGAUCAUUUACCAAUAUAUAUACCAAGAUGUUUGAGACGACUUCCAAAUAAGAGAAAAAUAGGUCGUUGGGCAAAAACAUAUUAUCCAGAUGCAUGAGAUAUUAUAUUUAUGUAUAUUGAAUACAAAUACUGUUAAUAGUAAUAAAAAAAAA